AUGCAUACCGAUUCAGUGAAUUGCCGUAUUGUCGGUUUCAGUGAAGUUGAAUAUGGUACAGCUAUAACUGAGAGGGAGAAAGCUAGUAGUUGGCUUAAAAACAAGCGUCUAAUUCAUGUUGGGAUACUGACAUUAACAAUAUUACGACCAACAGAAGGGUACCCAUCUGAUCUAAAGGAGAUGAAUGUAUCAAUCUUACCCAUUCAGACGGAAAGUGAAGAUAAGAAAAUGUCCAUGUUUAGAUUGAAGUUAUACAAUCAAAAAGGUAUAUUACUUUUUUCUUUGGAACCUGAGACAGAAACAUCAACGAUUAAUCAUUAUUUUAGAAUACUAAAUGAAAAAUAUAUAGAUCAGAAAGUUAUACUGAAUAAUGAGAAGCUGAGAAGCGAAGCUGGAAUUAAACAGAAAAGGAAAAAAAGGAAAAUUGCUUUUGGAUUAAUCCAACCAACAAGAAAUUAUAAAGACAUACUAGUAACUAAACAAGCACUGACUUUCAAUCAAAAUUCCAAAGUUUGGCAAAUUCACGUAUCUUUUUCUGUUAUUGCCAACCAAGACAAACGAAAUAAAUUUACUGCCGAUGUAAAUGCUCUACUUCAAGAUAUUUCUACAUCUUUAAUACCAGCCUCAAAUGAACUUUAUCUUCCAAAAAUGACUUCUAACUAUGUUCAAUCUCAUUUCAAUCAGUAUAUUAUAUCAUGCACAAAUGAAAGACUAAAAAAUUUGAGGGCAAAUCGACAAUAUACAGCAGUUGAUUCUGUUAUAAAUGGUAAACUAUUCCCAUUUCAAAAAGACUCACUAUUGUGGCUUCUCGAGAAGGAGCACUAUUUUGACUGUAAUGUAAGCAAAACUACUACUAGUGAUCAAAAACACGAAGAUAGUGUAUCUGAGUUGUUGUAUUUUCUGAACCAUUCUGUAUCUUUUGGUUACUCAACCAUAAAAGAUUUAGUGUCAAAACAGUUUUAUUUUUGGAACAAGUAUACCGGCUAUAUACUUUCUCAGGAAGAAGUUCGGUCCUUAAAGUCUAGCUUUAAUGAAUACGAAGUAGGAGCCAAAGGUGUCUUAGCUGAAGAAAUGGGUUUGGGAAAAACACUAGAAAUACUUGCUCUGAUAUGUAUCAACAAGAGAAAAUAUAAAGCGGAUGAACCCCUUGAUUUUGUAAGUGAAUCAGGUAAAGUUAUUUCUAAGUGCUCUACUACUCUGAUCGUUUGCCCAGGAUCAAUCUUAAAACAGUGGAUUGACGAAAUGCAGUCUACGCAUCCUGCGAUUAAAAUUUAUCACUAUGGGGGAUUUAUUGCAGUUAAGAAGGAAUUUGCGUGUGAUAAUAUUAAUACUAUUGUACAGAAACUGUCUCAAUAUGAUAUUGUUAUAACAUCUUAUAAUGUUGUUUCAAAUGAAGUCCAUUAUGCGCAAUUUAAUAAUGCCUUUCGCCAAAAUCGUCGCCGCCAUGUUCAAUACGAUUACUCUUCUCCGCUUUCCCUAAUGCAAUUUUACAGAAUUAUUCUGGACGAACUACAAAUGCUUCACAGCGGUAGUACCAAGGCUGCUAUUUGUACAUCUCUUCUACACAGAGUACAUACAUGGGGUGUUUCAGGUACACCAAUUCAAAAAGUCAGGGAUUUUCAGACUAUAUUAUCAUAUUUGAAAAUACAUCCCUUUUCAGAAUUUCCUGAACUUAUAAAGAAUUUAGAUAAUGCUUCUGUUGGAUUAACUGAGAUGUACUCAGCAGAAAAUGGAUGUCCCAUAAACGAAAUUGAAGUUAUCAAGAAUGGAAUUAAUACCAAUCUUUCUGACCUAUUCUACAUAUUUAAGCAAUAUGAUAUUGCAAUUAGACAUUCAAAAGCGAACGUUUCAAGUCAAAUCAAAAUUCCAAAACAACACCUUUUAUUAAUCCCUCUAAAAUUUACUCCUAUCGAAUGGGAAAGUUACCUUGAAGUUUGGAAAUCGUUCCUUGAAGAUUCAGGGUUUAAUCCGGAUGGCACAAAUUCUACCCAUUUAACCAAUCAACAAUUAAACCAGUGGCUUCACAAAUUGAGAUAUAUUUGCUGUCACGCAGUUCUUCCUCAUUCGGCUUCAAUCAACAAUAUCACGACAGCAAACGAAAUUCAUACUCUAAACGACAUCUUAAAAAAAAUGAAGGCAGAAGCGGAAGAUAAGGUGGAAUCGUUAUAUAGAGAGCAAUUUCAGUUACUAAUCCGAAGUGCUCAAUUUGAUAUAGAAGAACAAGGAAGAUAUAACUUUGCGAUUGAUUGUUUGCUUAGCCUAGAGAAGAAUAUUUUCGACAGAUUAAAACCACUUACCAAAUCUUCUAAUGAUAUUCUAAAUUUCCUCGAAUAUCUCGAUAUAGCGGAUUCACAUGCAUCUUCAAAAUCAUGUCGGCAUUUACUAGAACUAUUACAUCAGUGCUAUUUCUUUAUCGCCACAGCUUACUAUUAUUUAGGAUCAUACCAAAUUGAAUGCAAACAAGAUGCUGGCAUUCCUAUUAGGCAGGAUGAUUUAUGUAAUGAUGAGACACUAAAAAAUCAUUUCUCCCCUGAUGAAAUAAAGUCGAUUGCAUAUCAUAAAAAUUUAGAAGACGAAUAUUAUUCUCGUGCUGAAAAUAUCAGAAGAUCCAUUCUUAAGGGCAGAAUAGCAAAAUUUGAGCAAGAAUUGGAUGAGGUUCAAAAAUCGCAUUUUCCAACUAAAGCCAUUAUGUUAAUAAAAUUUGAAGAAUUGCCUAACUGCUCCAUUUCCUUAUCAACUAAUAAAUGUUACAGUAAACUUUUGGAUUUGUUCAGUAAAUUGGAUGAACAAGCAAUACAAUCAAACAGACAGAUAAAUCUGCUAUAUGAUCUACUUUCCAUGCCUAUAAUAAAAGAGUAUGAUAGUGAUACACCCGAAAAAACUCAUGAAUAUGCAUCAUCCAUUGAGGAUCAAGAUAAAAUUUACGCAUUAUUUGAUUGCUUAGAAAAGUUGAUUUCCAAUAGAGAGGAAAUUGUAAGGGCCGAAGAGGAAGUAACACCACCAAAAAUAAGUUUAAGUCUUUAUGAGAAUUUGUCUACAUAUCAUACAGAGUUACUGAAAGAUCAAAUUCUCAUUUCUGGUACCCCGUUUAAGACGAUAUUCGAUGACUUGGAAAAUGUUAGAAUUGUUCACAGAAUAUCCAAAAAACAAUCUAAUGAUAAAUCCUUUGAGGCAUCUUUGCUCUCUUAUAAAAAAUGUCUGAAGAAAAUUCGAAAAGAGAAUGCACAACUGAGAAGUUACUUACAAGCGUUAAAUACUGUUUACAACGCAAAAGUGGACUACUAUGCUUAUCUACAAAGAAUUUCAGACUCGGUUGUUCCACUAUCUCAACUUGAUAGUACUACUCUCAGCAGCUUGAGAAAAUUUAUCUCAAAUGUGAAUAAAAAACAAGAGCUUCAAAGAAAGAUCGUUAGUACGGAGUCUAGAGUGAAAUACUUACAUAACUUGUCGACUCUAACAUAUGAAGCCCAGAAAAACACGACCAUGGAAUGUUCAAUAUGCUUACAACCAAUCACUAAUGGUGCUAUGGUGAACUGUGGCCAUCUAUUUUGUACAUCAUGUAUAUUUUCAUGGCUGAAGAACAGGAAAACUUGCCCACUUUGCAAACACCCAACCUCUAAUUGUGAAGUUUAUAAUUUCACCUUCAAACUUGAAAGCGGAAGUUCAAGAAAAACAAAAUGUGAUAACAAAACUCGCCACCACAGAUAUCCAAACAUGCAAAAUUUCGAGAACACACUUGACUCUUUGUUUUUAACUAAAUAUGAAAGGUUUAAACAAAGCAAAACAACUGCAGACAUCAUUAUCAAGGAGAGCUAUGGCUCCAAAAUUGACUUUAUUAUUAAGUUAGUGCUAUUUCUGUUACACCAGAGUGAAAUAGAGGAUGCGACAAGACCACAAAUUUUAAUGUAUUCACAAAGCUUUGAUUUUAUGAAAGUUGUCUCUCAAGUUUUAUCGCUGCAUAACAUCAACAACAUAUGCUGCCUACAAAAUAAUCGUAAUGUUGGAGAUAUGAUUGCGCGAUUCAAAAAAACCAGCGAUAUAACAUGCCUCCUACUUAAUAUUCGUUCAUUGGGAGCAGGGCUCAAUCUGCUGAACGCGAGACACAUUUUUCUAUUAGAUCCAAUCCUUAAUGUGAAUGAAGAAAUUCAAGCUAUGAGUAGAAAUAACCGAAUUGGUCAACGCCAAGAAACCUAUGUUUGGAAUUUCAUGCUUGAAAAUACAGUGGAAGAAAGUAUUAUGCGAUAUAAAUGUGUGCUCGAAAAUCAGAAUAGGCACAAGAGAGAAGAAAGGUCGAUGCCAAUGUAUGAACAAAGUGAGCAGCUGGACGUAACUGACAGUGAAGUUUGCAUCAGUGAUUUUUCAAAUGAGGUGGUCUCUGAGCAACAUAUUAGGAAUUGCUUAUUCUUGAAGUGA